AAGAUCUUAUCUUUUUCACCCUCGGAACCUCAUGAACAGCUGCAAGACAAUAAUCAUGUUGUAUAUCCAGAGGAGAAGAUGAGUCUCUAAAUCUUUUGAGAUCAAGCAUAUCCAGAGGAAGCAGCUUUGAGGUUCAAAUGCGGCAUACAAUGUAUCAAGGUUUAUAGCUUGGAAUGUGAGAGAAAAACAUUGCUAUGCUGGGUUACAACCCAAUUCAUUGAAGCAUUGCAUUGAAACAUCUAUAUCCUACCAGAGACCAAAUAAAAGAUUCCUGGUUAAUGCUGCCGAUGGACAACCUCUUGAAUCGGAGCCAAAAAAUGUUUUGAACUCCGUUGAAGAUUCCUUGGAUGCUUUCUAUAGGUUUUCUCGGCCACAUACAGUCAUAGGCACGGCAUUGAGCAUAGUCUCAGUUUCCCUACUUGCAGUCGAGAAGCUUACAGACUUUUCACCAUUAUUUUUUGCUGGGAUGUUGGAGGCUGUUGCAGCUGCCCUCUUAAUGAACAUUUACAUUGUUGGUUUGAAUCAGUUGUAUGAUAUUGAUAUAGACAAGGUGCCCCUUUUGAGAUGGAAGAGAUUUGCUUUAGUUGCAGCAAUGUGCAUUCUCGCAGUUCGAGCAGUGAUUGUUCAACUAGCUUUUUUUCUUCACAUGCAGGUAUUGGGACACACAAUUUUGGCUUCAAUACUCUGGACUAAUGCCAAGUCAGUUGAUUUGAGCAGCAAAGCUGCAAUAACAUCGUUUUACAUGUUCAUAUGGAAGGUAAAUAACUAUGGUGCCAAAUUUAAUUUGUUUGGCGCUCAGUUUAGUUUAACAAAAUUGCAAAAAUAAUAUUUUAAAUAAAAUUAAUUAUAGUCACUUGGCUAACUCAAGUGGUUGGGUGUGUGAGUUUGUGUGGGAGGAAAGGUUCAAAUCCUACUGUAAGAUGGCUAACUCAAUGCCUGAAGAGAUAGCAGCUAUGCGUACACGUCUUGAUGCCCAGAUCACUUAUGAAUUGAAUGGAGCUCAGAUGCUGAAGAAACAGGUUUGUUUUUUUUUAUCUUUUACUUUUGCAUUUUGAGCAAUUUUAAUGUUAACAUUGAGAUUCUUAAUUUUUAUGGCUCAGUAAGCAUUGCAUUAAGUUGGCCACCUACACGAUGAAAGAUAGUAUGCCUAAGCUUAAGUUCUAUUCUCAAUACAUUUUGAACGUUAAAUUCAUUAACUUUUGUUUU